AUGGAUAUCCUCAUUGAGGAUAUGGAAUCCAAAGAUGGCAAGAUCCACCUCGAAUUCCUUCAGUGCUCGCUUCAACAUCGACUGUCGCAAACAUACGCGACCGGACAAACCCCUACACCUUUCCAGAUCAUCCGCUGGUCAUCACAAAUUGCACAGGGGUCUCACCGUAUCUACAGCCGACGUUUUUUGCAAGUGGACAUUGUACUACGCAAUAUAGUUCUAGACUGGGAUGACCACGUGAAGUUGUCUGACUUUGGUGGCUCCAGCAUCAACGGAUCAGGCCCUACUGUUUUGCCUACAGUUACUUCUGAGCACCCACUUUAUCCUGCAUCGACACCCUCGUUCAAGUCAGAGAUUUUCGCAAUUGGGUCCGCUUUCUACGAGUUGGAGACACUUCAGGCCCCUUACCAUGACCUGGAAGCUGAUGACAUUGGAGAAUUGUUUUCAAAGAGUAUUUUUUCAGAAAACGAUGGCCUCAUUCUUGGUGAAGUCAUCAGCAAGUGCUGGAAGAUAGACUAUGCGAAUUCUAGCCAAGUACUGGAUGAUAUUCGCAAAAUUCAAGAAUACCGCGGUUUUUUCGAUGGUGGCUCUGAGAACUGA